AUGGACGACUUACGUCUACCUUUUGCUUCUCAGAAGAGUACGCCGUCCUUGUGCUCCAAUGUCGCGCUUUGGGAAAUGGAUGACAUAGAAGCCAGCGAUCCGGUCAUGGUGCCGCAGAUUACCACCCCACAGGCUGAGCGAUGUUCCCUCGUGGGCUUAGUGAAUACUACACCACGGAGCGCCUUAGAUGACACGUUCUCAUCACCACACUGGCAGAGUCACUUGGCUGGCAGUCCAAGUACUCAGCCUGCCACGAGCAGUUUGGGUCACCACUGGUCUUUUGCAAAUUCUCGACCGCUGUCCGAGGCGUCACCAAGAAUUCGCUUCCGGCGAAGACAAUCCAGACCCCAAAAGGGCGCCGCAGGUGUCCAUGCGUAUCAGUGGGAGGAGGUAACGCCUACACGCUCAAACUCCAGUGCGCCUUCUGCCCCAAUACCCAUCGCCUCUCGGAGGCCAAUUUCGGAGAUGUCGUUUAUGGAUAUUUGUCCAUUGGGUAAUGCUACCAUCUCCUACAUCGACGACAAUGGCGAAGCACAACACAUCGCUGGAAUCACGGUAGAAGUCAUUGAGCGAAGGUGUCCACUCCUUGCAGCCGCAUUCGAGCUUCGUAGCACUGGGCCUCAGUUGCAUCUGGAGAUUCUCAAGGGAUCGACUGUCAUACCCUUCCUACGGUUCUUGUACACGGGAUCUUACGCCCUGAUCUGUCAAUCUGAUGGCGUUUACGGAGAAGUGCCAACUUCCUUGUUGCUUCACUGCCAGCUCUAUCACCUUGGAGCCAUCUACGACAUUCCGGGACUCGUGGAGCAAGCAAAUGUGAACAUCAUCCGACAGUGCGAGUUUGGAUGCUCCUCUCCCGAUUCACCUAUACACCUCUGCGCAGCGAUCGAAUAUGCCUUUAGUCACAUGAGUGACUGUACCAGAGUCUUGGACACCAUUGUCAACUACUGUGUAGCCUGUUUCCUGCGACAUCGACUUGCCGAGGACGAGGAAUUCAAACGAAUUGCAUUCGAGCUAAAACCGUUCCAUCAAGCGCUGUGCCAAGAGUCAAUGAACAGACAGUUUGAAAACGAGACUGCCUCUGCUAUCAUCCGGAUGCCGUUCAAAAGAGACGUGCCCGAUUUCUACCAUUCUAGGGAGGAUAUCGACCAUUUACGACUCCGGGAUGUGGUCCAUCAUUUCCAUGGGAGCGAUGAUGAUAAUGACAGUUUAAAGAAUGUUCGGAGCUCAACCCAGAAUGUCAAGUCUGAGCAGCAUGACACCGUACAUGGGGAGUGGCCCGCGAAAGAGCAGUCCGCUUUCCCAAAGCGAGCGCUGUCGGCGCUCAAGUCUCUCCAGGAAGAGUUAAAGAAGUUCGAUAUCGAUGAUAGGAUACUGCCGGCGGAAUCAGAGGCAGGUGAUGUGGCCGAGUCUUCGAGCAGCGCACUUCUCCACAGAGCUCGCCGACAGAGCCAACAGCUUAUCGAAACCGAGUGCUCCAAUGGCGACAGCAAUAUUGGACCUAUGGAAAUGCUCGACAUGGCAGCCGAUGAGGCUUCUGCUUCGGAUUGUGACUAUGAGAAUGUCUCUAGUCCAGCUUCCGUCCGUUCCCUCGAUUCGGGCAGCGACGGUUCUACAUUGUCGCCCACGGCACUACUAAUCCGAGGACGUAUCUUCGGCUCCGCUGAUUCACCAGAGCACAGCAGCCCUCCAUACAAUUCUCCAGAGUCAUCCGACUCGGAGUGGUCACUGCUCUGA